AUGUCUUCCCAGCAAGAAUUCCAAGCCCCAAGAUUGAACCGCUCCUCCACCACUUCCUCAGUCACCUCCGGCUACAGCAGCGACGGAUGGCUCGAACUCACUCACACUCCACGUGAUGAUGCCUCCUCCAUCUCCUCCACCUCUACCGGAUUCCUCCCUCUGACCGCCGCUGUCUCCAGACCAGCAGGCAAUGUCCAACCAAACGUCACCGACGAAGAGCGCCGCCUCUUCCUCCUCAGAGCGCGCAACAACUAA